UGUCGAGGAACGCGCACGCCUUGUUGGUUGCGGUGCUGGUGGUGGUAGCGGCGUGCAUGCAUUGCGGCUGCCUCGCGCAGUGCACGGCUUCACAGACCACCGCCUCCGGCACCAAGGCGCCCGCCACCAUCUGCAGCGGCGACCUGAUCUUCGCUGACGAUUUCGAGGACUUCGACCUGAGCGUGUGGCAGCACGAGAUCACCAUGUCCGGCGGAGGGAACGGCGAGUUCGAGAUCUACGUGAACAACAGGUCCAAUAGCUUCGCCAGGGACGGCUACCUCAACAUCCGCCCCACCCUGACCUCCGACAAGUACGGAGAGGCCUUUCUGUCCAGCGGCACCAUAGACCUCAACGGCGGCUCGCCUGCCGAUGAGUGCACCAACCCGUUGGUCAACGGCUGCUCGCGCACUGGCACUGCUACCAACAUCCUGAACCCAGUGACGUCGGCACGCGUGAGCACCGUCAACUCCUUCAGCUUCCGCUACGGCCGCGUCGAGGUGCGCGCCAAGUUGCCCGCCGGCGACUGGCUCUGGCCCGCCAUCUGGCUGCUGCCGCGCUACAACAAGUACGGCAAGUGGCCGGCCUCGGGCGAGGUCGACCUGUUGGAGGCUCGCGGCAACCUGGGGCUGACGCUGGGCGGUACCAACAUCGGCGCCGAGCAGGUCGGCUCCACGCUGCACUUCGGACCCUACUACCCCUUGGACGCCUACAAGACGGCCACCUUUUCGCAGAAUAGCGCCGCCGGCCAGGGCUACGACAAGGACUUCCACUCCUACCAGCUCGAGUGGACGCCAGACUACAUGAAGUUCAGUAUUGAUGGUACCGAAAUAGGAACAGUUACUCCUACAGAUGAAGGUUUCUGGAGCUAUGGAGGAUUUAAUACAGAUCUACCAGCGGCUGAGAACCCAUGGAGAUACGCUACUAAAAUGGCUCCUUUCGAUCAAGAGUACUACAUCAUCAUUAACCUGGCUAUUGGAGGAACAAACGGGUACUUCCCUGACUACGCACUGAAUGCUGGAGGAAACAAACCAUGGAUCAAUACGUCACCCACGGCCCUUACGGACUUCUGGAACGGGCGUGACAGGUGGCUGCCCACGUGGAAUCUCGAAGAAGGGGGUGCUUCUUCCCUCCAGGUUGAUUACGUCCGAGUCUGGGCUCUCUAAAAAUACUGAGUGCAAAACUCACACAACACAGUCAGUGUAACUGAUUCAGCGUUUGCUAAACACUCUGAAGGAUUUAUUAUGCAGCAAUAUUAUCAAUUUGUUUUUCAAAUUUUCAGGAACCAGGUACCUUUUUUCCUAAAUUAGCAAUAAUACUUUCUAAUCCCAUCUGUACACUGACUGUUGCAAA